AUGCAGAAUUUGUCCCGGAAAGUGGUCAUCCCCGACGACCUUAUGGGUCGAAAGGUUUUUCUCCACACGGCUUCAAGCUACAAGCGCAGUUCAACACAGACAGACUACGUUCGGGUCAAUGACACAGGCCGCAUUACUACUACCCCUAAUGUUCCUUUUCACAUAGGCGUACUCAUCAAAGGCCAGCAGCAUCACAAGAUUGUCGAUCUAAGAUGCGUGGACUUUGGUGCGCCGCCUCACCCAAUCGGCCGCUUUGCCUUCAUUCGAGAGAACUGCACCGCCACAGAUGGUAGCAGGGUGGCCAUGAACACAAUCGGCAAGGUGGUUUCGCAAGGUCAGAACGAGACUGUCAUCAAGAUCCGCGACAAGGACGGGAAGACGAUCGAAGUGGCGUGUAAAUGGCUUCAGUUUGGGGCGCCCGCCGAUGCUGUUGGCCGCACAUUCAGAUGCGUCCAGCGGUAUAACGACAAUGGAUUCAGGCUGGAGGAGGCUUCAUAUGGAGUUGUGGAGAGUAUUGAUGCUCGUGGAUGGCGGGUGAAGGUUCGUGUGAUGGGCCACAAUGGUGGUACCGGUCACGUCACGGCAGAUCGUCUUGAGUUUGGCGGGCACGGUAGUGGCUGGAGACUCGCACGAGGUGGAAAAUUCAGCAGCACCUUUGGCAAAAUUGAGGGGUGGGACUACCGAAGACAACUACUCACACUACUCGAAACAAUGUACGAAGACCGUGCUCUCGUCGACGAGAAGAAUCCGAGGUAUUGGAAGCUACUGGACAACGACCCGAAGCGCCAAUCUCUAGCUAUCAUGAUUUACAAAGGCACGCCAGACAAGCUUGUCAAAUUAUAUGACAAUGCCGUCAAGACGAAGAAGAAGAUCACGAUGCUUGACAUUCGCAAUGCUUGCCCCAAGGUGCAGAAGUCAGACAAGCUCGCUGCAGUCUACCUACAGCUGUGUCAUGGCUUCACAGAAGGGCCUCGUCAGGGCCAUAAGCCGUAUCACUACGGCGGACAGUCCAUUGACGUGGCCCACAGAACAAUUUCUCACUUGAGUGACCCAAAAACCAAGAAGAAGCCCAGCUACUAUUCAACCCAUUACGAUGUCUUUCGUGCAGCAGAUGAAGUCGACACCGUCAUGCUCUACAAAGAUGGUAGAGGUUCUAGCACAACGAUGUUUCCAGACGACCGUCUGAAGCUGGACCUGAUCGAACAAGUCAAGAUCUUGUUGCUCAAGAUGACAAAGGCGUCACAGUUGACCAAGACCGUGGACAUUACUGGGUUGCAGUCAGAAGUUCAACAAGAGGCUGUCAAAGCUUCGAGCUUCUCACACAACUCGAGAGUUCUGAACGCGAUUGCGGAGAGGUCGUUUGAGAAGUCAGGGUGGGUUGGGCUUGGCCAAAAUCCAUUCGAUUGUCAAGAUGGGCUCAACACACUUCAGCCUAUUGGUAGAGAGUCAGCUCUCCCCGACUACGAAAGUGUUCUCUGGUCUAGGACUAAGCUGAAUGAUCGUUGCGUCUUUCGCCGAGCUCCGAUCACAAUUGCAAAGAACGGGAACCAAAAAAUGUUGUUCUCUUUCGCCAAAGCCAGAGGAGAGGUGUCAGAAACGGUAACAUUGACGGUAAACGAUGACAUCCAAGAACCAUCGCUGGGAGAGAAGGUCUGGGUGCAGAUCGAGAUCAUGGACAAGGGUCUGCAUGCUUGCCCAUACGCUGCACUUCCUCUUGCUGGGGGCUGGUCGAACUGGGAGGAAGCACUUGGUGUCGGUAUCACCAUAUUCUGGCAGACAAAAGGUCAGUGGUUCAGCCGGAACGUUCGCAGCCAAGGCUAUGCCAUCGACAACACGAUUCAGGGUGGCGUCGGGCUGCUUUCGAGCGUCAUCGCACUCAAGCACCAUCUUCAGCGGCAGGAAAUGCAGUCUCCUCCUCCGCCUUUCGCCGCGCCGCGCCUCGCCUCGGUUGUCGAUAUGAAGUUUGAUUUCUUCCAUCAAACUGUCACGACUCGGAGAGUGAUGGAAGUGACAAAGCUCACCAACAUCGGGACAGCUUUCAGCAAGAGUAAGCCGAUUCUGGAGAGACUGGCUGCCGAAGUCAAACAGGCCAGCAAUAACAAGAGUCUGAACCUCAGUGCUAGGCAGCGUGUCAAGUGUGAUCGCUGUGCAACAUCAGAAGAUUACGUCAAAGGAAAGGUCAAACAGUGCUAUGCCGUAACAGGGUCCGACAAGUGUCAACGUUGCUGGGUAUGUGGGUUGGAGUGCUCCUUCACGCGCCAAGACACUCUGAUGGGUCCACGUUAUCCUGGCCACAUUGGAGGCCCGAACUUCCAAAAGAUCUACAGCGCACUCUUCUAUAACAGAAGUACGGCCACGGAGCGUAUGAAGCAAGUACAUGAAAUCAGCGACCCAGGCUUCGUUGAGAUUGACCUGAAGACUGAGCAGAUGAAGGCGGAUGUAGCGGUAGAGAUGUUGGAUAGGCAAUAA